ACUCAAAAUGCUGCAUUUUCAUCCGAGGGUCUGAAGCGGACGGCAAGGGUGUGUUUUUGACAGCUGUAAUACUGCUGAUAAGCGGGGCUCCGCGCAGAUCAAGUGCUGAGACUAGGACCGGGGGAGCGACAGCAGACAGAGCGCUCGCAGCCGCGGGGACAGAACUACUGCUCACAGCAGCGGCGCUAACAGUAGCAGCGGUGGCAGCGACAGCAGCGGCAGCAAGCGCCACUCCUGCCUCUCUCUUUUUUUUUCUUUGUGGAGUUGAGAUCUGUUGAGGAGACAAGCGCGGAGAGAGAGGGAGAGAGUGUGUGAGAGAGUGAGUGAGAGAGAGAGAGAGAGAGAGAGAGGGAGUGAGAGAGAGAGAGAGAGGAGCUGAAGCAGGGCUGAUAGCUGUAAUCAAAAGCACCCCAAAGCAGACCUGGCUGCCCACAUGCCGAUCGAAUUUGUUUGCAAAAUCAAAUUUGCAGAGGAGGACGAGCAGCAGAAAGGUAGGCAGGAUGCGGAUAAGGAGAGUUUGAUAGAGGAGAGCUGCGCCCCCCCGGCCAAGGACCUGGCCAGCUUCGCCAACUCCUGCUCCCUGCACGGGAUCAACCACAUCUUCGUGUCUGGCCGCCUGGGCAUCCGGCAGACCCUGUGGGCGCUGGUCUUCCUGGUUUCCCUGGUCUUCUUCCUGUACCAGGCGGCCAAGUGCGCCAUCUCGUACCUGGAGCACCCCCACAUCACGGUGCUGAAUGAGGAGGCCAGCCGGGAGAUGGUGUUCCCCGCCGUGACCAUCUGCAACAUCAACCGCUUCCGCUUCUCCGCGCUCAGCGACGCCGACAUCUACCACCUGGCCAACCUGACGGGGCUGCCGCCCAAGAACAAGGACGGCCACAAGCCCACCGACCUGGAGUACCCCGCCCCCGACAUGCUGGACAUCUUCAACAGGACGGGGCAUCAGCUGGACGAGAUGCUGAAGAGCUGCAACUUCAGCGGUCACAACUGCUCCGCCAAGGACUUCUCUGUGAUCUAUACACGAUACGGAAAAUGCUAUACCUUCAACGGGGAGAAGGCCAAAGUGAAGAAAUCGAAGCAGGGAGGGAUGGGUAAUGGCCUGGAGAUUAUGUUGGACAUCCAGCAGGAUGAAUACCUGCCCAUCUGGAAGGAGACCGAUGAGACAUCAUUGGAGGCUGGAAUCCGAGUGCAGAUCCACAGUCAGGACGAGCCUCCCUACAUCCACCAGCUGGGGUUCGGAGUCUCUCCAGGAUUCCAGACCUUCGUCUCAUGCCAGGAACAGAAGCUGACUUACCUGCCCCAACCCUGGGGGAAAUGUCGCCCAACAAGCGAAAAGGUGGCACAGUUCGACUCCUACAGCAUCAGUGCAUGUCGACUGCAAUGUGAAACCGAAGAGGUGAUAAAAAAGUGUGAAUGCAGGAUGCUUCACAUGCCAGGAAACCAUAAUGUAUGUUCUCCAGAAAAAAUGGACUGUGUAGACAGAGCUCUUGAGGAUUUCCAGAAGAACUCUGGAGAGAGCUGUAACUGUGAGACACCCUGUGACGUGACCCGCUAUGGCAAAGAGCUCUCCAUGGUGAAGAUUCCCAGUAAGGGCUCUGCACGCUUCUUGGCCCGAAGACAUAACAAAACAGUGGAUUACAUCAGAGACAACUUCCUUGUUCUGGAUAUUUUCUUUGAAGCCCUAAGCUACGAAACCAUAGAGCAGCGGAAAGCCUACAACAUGGCCGGAUUAUUGGGUGACAUUGGCGGUCAGAUGGGACUGUUCAUUGGUGCCAGCAUUCUGACCAUUUUAGAAAUAUUUGAUUACAUCUAUGAGGUGAUUAAGAGCAGGCUGCUGCGUUUGCUGAGACCACAGAAGGACCAGAAGACCAAGCCGACCGGCACUGUGGCCACAGUGGGCAUGGAGGACAUGAAGGCCAAGGCGAGCUUAACCGAAUCCAGCGAAAGACCCAGGAGUCAAGCGGAGGGUGCUUACUCAAACACGAUACUGCCAAACCACCACCAUCACGUGCACCGCAGUGUCUUUGAGGACUUUGCCUGCUAGAACCUCCCAGUUGUCCAGCUCCUCUGUCUUUUGUUGCUGGAUGUGAGGUUUUUACCAGACACUUGGAUCUCAGUUCUGCCUUUCCUGCCAUUACCAGUGAAAGCUACAGCCAAAGUCCAACACCAAACCUGUGCUGCUAACAGACCUAUUGUACACAGGCAGAGAGUGGACGCCUCAGUGUGGUCCUGCUGAACACUGGCACCCUUUCCCCACCCCCUCCUUCGGGAAGCUGUCCUCUCAGAUACCAUUUCUAUACGGAUGAUUUUCCUACAGAACCACCAAAAGAGAAAGGAGGAUCACAUGACAUCUAGCUACAGUUCAUAGUCAAGAAUAAGUACACAUCUUUGUCACAUUUUUAGUUUGUGAAUUUAUGUUUUUCGCAUAUUUAUUUCAAGUUCUUUUCUCACCGUACAUCAAAAUGUCCCAUGUCUAUUUACCAAAUUAUAUAGAAUAGUUAUUUAUUAUGAAGAGAUCUAUAUGCAUAUAUAUGUAGAUAUUAGAGGCAAAUUAAUUUUAAAUUAUGUCAGAGAUGUUUAUAUCAGUAGCAAUCCUACUGUUGUCUCUUUCUUCUUUCCUAACUCCUAGCAAGGGGCAAAAUCUGAUUUAUAAUAUUUAAGACAACUCAGCCAAGGUAAAGGCAAGUUGAUUCAAGUUUUUGUUUCUUAAGUUGCACUGGACAGGACAAAUGUAUUGGGAGUACAGGCACCAUGCAAUAUAUACAAUUUUAUCCUUUCUUUUGUACAGACUCUGGGAUUAUGCAGUAAACCGUAAAUUAUCUGCAAGCUCUUACACACUCACACUAACACAGAUGAGAAUGAUUUAAAUGGAACUAACAGAUUACGGAAAAGAAAUUGGUCUACUUUAGGCAAUGUGUACGGCGUCCUGUCCUUGUUUUUUUUUUUAAUCUAAGGAGUUCUGGAAUAAAGCAGAGUUGUGAGUUUGUGAAAAAUUCACUCACUACCCACAGCUCUCUUUGAUAAAUGCUACAUCUGGAAUCUGCUUUCCCAGCGUUUGUGGGAUUUUAGAUGUACCCCAUAAUCCACACUAAACUUUUUCAGUACAGGAAAGUUAAGGUCCUAUCACUGAUGUUUUGAUUACUUUUAUAUUUGGCAGCUGAUUGGCUGUAACCAAUAUGGGUGAAACCACAUAAUUCUGACCUCUCAGAAAAACCCUCGUCAAGGCCUUGCACUGUUCUGUUUUUGACGGACUAUGUGAUAUUGGGUGUAUAAAAAACUCAUAAAAUUUGUUUCUACAUUUUUUUCCUUAUUUUACCUUGCCUUAUGGCAGCGCAUGACAGGUGGAAGUACAUCACUGAAUGCUAAACUCCAUUCUAAAGUCAUAUUCAUUGAGGAAAAUAGUGUGUAUGCAAUUCUCAUACUAUGCUAUAUUUUAAUCACAAUAAGCAAAUGUUACAUCAAUAAAUUACAUUUAAACAUGAUAAUCCAUAAAUAAAUCCAGUACCAUAUGUAGCAUAUAGGAUACAUAAAGCAUGCCUGCCUUCCAUUAUCAAGUAAUCAUAGGCUAUGCAUGGCUUUGUAACAUUUUGACAUACUCAAACUCGAUGUAUCUGAGUUACCUUUAUACACACAAUCUCUAAUGGCACCCAGUCCUGGCUACACAUGUAAAUAUGGUUCCUUGUUAUAAACAACAGUAUGUUCACAACGCAAUGUAGGAGUGGGGAAAAACAUGGCAGCAAACAAUGUGGGUAUUGCUAUUUCAGUUAGAUUUAUAUUUAAAAAUGACCUUUGCAACAGGGUGGAGCCAUAAAAGCAAGCUGUAGUGAAUCGAUUUAACCAGUAGAGUGCUGCUUUGUAGUAAGUAGCUGGUCUGAGGAAGUUUCCAAAGUAACAAGAUGAUCACACUUUGUGAUGAUUUUGCUGACUGAGGUAAUACCAUAUUCAGGCCCCCAGUCCGUCUGUUACGUGUUUUAGAAUAAGUGACCGAAGCACUGAAUACUUAGCAGCAGCUGAUUCUAUCAUUUCAAUAAUUAUUGCAAUAGAACUGGUGUUGAAUUUGUAUCGUUGUUUUAUCAUGUGAAAACACACCAGUUACAGAAUUUUGUGUUUAACUGUAUACUUUUUUAAAUUUAUUUUACACAUUAUUUUUGGUACAUUAUACACUGCUGUGUGUAGAUUAUAUGUUCACAGAACUUAAGCACUUCCUGUGUAUUGCUUAUUCCUGUUUCUUUGUGUACCUGAAUGUUAGCACGUAUGACAGCAAGAGGAACACCGUCAAGGUAUGCAGCAUUUACCUGUCAAGGUACGCCACUCCUGUACGAUACGGAAGCAUAUGGACAUAUUAAUUGAAACGAUUAGGAAAUGCUAAAUACAUUUUGUACAGAUGUCUACUGUUGUUACUGUGAUUUUUUUGAACAAAUUUUAUAAAUGUAAUGGCAAUUAUAAGGAUUCAUUAUUAAAAUGAAAAUUAUUAAUGGAAA